CCUAUGGUUACCGCUUCAGCGAGUAUUCCAAAGAAGACUUCGUCAGACAAGCUGAAGGAUUUGCUUUCAAAAGACAUAAAAAGAUCGGAUGAUAUUAGAGGAAAUGUGAAAUACGUUGACAUUCAAUUACUCGAAUCAACUGUUAAUCAUCGGGGUGUACCUUUAGUCAAGCCAACUUAUCAUCAAAGAAUAUCUUGUAAUACGCUGAUGAUGGAUUUCAAGCAAACAAAUUAAAACGCCCUACAAAUCGCUAUUUAAGUACAAACGUAAGUAAUUACGAACAAAUACCUACACAAUGGAAUCGUUUUGUUGAAUCAUCAUUAUCAUACACACAGAAAAAUAAAAACAGCGAACAAGUGAAUGAAGAUGUGAAUAAGACACUGAAUCAUCAUCGUCAUCAUAACUAUCAACAACAACUUCAGCGACAAAAAUUAAAUGUAUAUUCACUACCACGAUCAUCAUUAUCUUCAUCUUCAUCUUCUUCAUUUUCAUCGUUUACACUAAAAGGAUUUAAAGAUUCAAUAAAACUAAGAAAUACAACAACAAAAUUACCUAGUACUAAUUUAUGCUCAAAAGAUACAUUGAUGAAAAAUGAUGAAAAAAACAAUAAUAAAACAUCCAAAAAUAACAAGGACUUAUUUAAUACUGAAAAACUUCUAUCAACUGAAAUGUCUAACGUUUUCAUGGAUUAUGAUCGUGUCAAAAAACAAACGAUCCUAUGUUAUGAACAAAUGAAUCUAAAAAGUUGUCCAAAAAUUGAUUCAAAUCAAAUAUACCGCUUUUUAAGUCUUCAAUCCAAUCAAAUUUAUCGAAUUGAACAUUUACAACAUUUAACAAAACUUGUUUAUUUAAAUAUUUCUGAAAAUCAACUCACAACAAUGAAUGGUCUUGAAACAUUAUAUUCUUUACGUAUAUUAUUAUUAGGAAAAAAUCAAAUUAAACAAAUUUGUUCAUUAGAAAAUUUAUAUAAUUUAAAUAUACUUGAUUUAAAUCAUAAUCAAAUAAAAAUCAUUGAAAAUUUAACACAUUUAACAAAAUUAAAUUAUUUAAAUUUAUCAUUUAAUUAUAUUACAUCAGUAAAUGGUUUAUCUGGAUUAAUUUCAUUAAAUGAAUUAAAUUUAAGACAUAAUCAUAUACAAUCUAUUGAAUCAAUUGAAAAUGUUCCAAAAUUAAUUUGGAUAUUUUUAAGUUUUAAUCAUAUUGAAAGUUGGUCACAGAUUAGUGGUUUAGCCAAUUUAAAUUUAUUUGCUCAAGUUACUCUGGAUGGAAAUCCCAUUGUAUCUGAUCCAACUUAUCAGAAGAUGAUAUCAAAUGAUAAAAGAUUUUUUAAAGACAAUACAGCUGUUUAUUCAUUAAAACCUAAUCCUAGUGAAUCAAUCAACAAAAUGAAUAUGAAUGAACAAUGUUUACUCAAAAGAAAUGUACCAAUUUCAUUUUUAUUAGAUGAACAACAACUGAUGACAACUAGAAAAACAAAUAUUAUUCACGGACUGUUGAAUUAUUUCAAAGAAAAUGAACAGCAUAAUAGUAUGCAUCGGGAGAAUUCUAUUGAUAAUUCUAUAAAUUCAUCCACCGAGAAUCUUACAGAAUUAAUAAAACAAAAUGAUUCAACACUAUCUCGAAAUGAACAGAAUUUAACAUAUUUCUCAAAUAACUUAUCUAAUCUAAGUCAAUCAAAUUUAUCAUUAUUGUCAACCCCUUCGAAUCUACAAUAUUUUUCUUCUACAUCAACAGUAAAUCAAAUAAAGGAGAGUGAAAACAACUGGACAGAAGAAAUCACAAAUAUCAAUGUUGAGAUAAACAGUAAUGAUAAUAAUAGUAAUAAUAUAGUUGGUUACAGUUCGAUUGGAACAUUGACAGAUGAAAGUAUUCUAUUUCCUUUAAUUUCAUCAAAAAGAAAUAAUUUAUUAAAAUUUACAUAUUAUCUGAAAGGAUUAACUCAUUUAGUCUUAGAAGGAAUUUUCUCUAAAACAGUAUUUAAAGUAGUUGAUGAUAAUAAUAACGAUAACAAUAAUUAUGUGUAUAAACUAUCAAAUGUUAUUGAAAACGACAAUAAAUUUGAGAAACAAACAAACGAAUCAACAGAACAUUCAAUUAAUUUUGAUUGUUUUUCUUCAAUGGUCAAUCAUUUACAAUGUAUCCAAUCAAAUAAUAAUAAUAUUGAUAAUAAUAAUAAUAAUAAUAAUAAUAAUAAUAAUAAUAAUCUCAUUAUAUCUAGAGAUGACGAUGAGGAUGAUGAUGACACUGAUAGAAAAGAAGGCAAUGAUUCAUUAAAAUUGUUAAACUUCAAUCGUAUUGUGAAGUUAACUAUUAGAAAUGUGAAUUGGAAUGAAUUUGUAAUUUGUAUACGUAAAUUACAUGAAUUACUACCACAAUUAAAGGAAUUAAAUCUUGAAAAUAAUGGACUUAAAUAUUUGCAUCAAAUUACUGAUCUAAUUGAUUUUGAAUAUUUAACUGCAUUACAUAUAACUGGUUCAAAUACUAAUCCAAUUGUUGAACAAGCUGGUCAAUUGUGGCGUCCAUUUAUUAUAUGGAGUCUUACUGAUUCAUUAAAUUUAACAUUUUUAGACGGUCAACUUAUUAAACCGAAUGAAGUAAAUGAAUCGAAAAAUCUAUUCAAUUUAUUUUACGAGAGAAUAAAAAUGCGUAACUCCUACUGUACAACGUCAAAUCAAUCCUUUUAUAAAAAAUUAGACACUAUCAACAAUAUAAGUAAUAUGUUGAAUAAUAAAAUUCCAAUGAGUGAUGUAAAUAUAGAUGAUUAUAGUUUAAGAAUGGUCAAUUCAAUAUCAUCAACAACGUUACCAAAAACAAUACUAAAUUCUUAUGAUAAUAAUAUCAAUAAUAAUGAUAACAAUGUGGAUACAACAAUGGCAACAACAUCAGUGCAUACUACUUCUAUGCUUGUUAACUGUAGUAGUUUUGUUGAACAACAACAAAACGAACUAAAUAAUGAUAAUGGGAUAACUAGAAACAAUUCAGUAGACUCAGUAAAACGUUCAUCUUGCGACAAAUCCAAAAUAAAUGAAAGUUCAAUAAAUGGAUUCAAAGAAAAACAACAUAAUAUCUACAAUAUGACUCCAGCAUUAAAACAAUUAGAAAAUUUAAAAAAUGGAAUACAAUCAAACGUAGACAAGUUAUCUAUACAAAAUCAGCUUUUGAAAGAUUGGCCAUCUAUACUAAAACGAUUAAUUUAUCAGGCAAUAACCGUCAAUCACACAACUACUAAUAAACUUUAAUUAAAAACAAUCAUACUGUGGGAUUUAUGUUGUUGUGUAUGAGUAAGUGUAUACAAUAUUACCUGUUCUGUAGAGC